AUGGAGGGCGCACCUUUCUCAAAAUACUCCUGCAUCGACUUCAUCUUCUCCGUUGUCGGGGUCUGCACCUUCCUGGUCGACUGGGGCUCGGACGUGUGGGUGGCCGCUGAGUUUUACCGCCGAGGUGACUUCUUCUGGUUCGCGGUGCUCGUCGGCCUCAUGGUCCUGUCGUCUGUCGUGGUCCAGAUGUUCAGCUGGUUCUGGUUGAAGUACGACCAGGAGCUGCCCGGUUUCAGCAGCGGAGGGGGCAGCGGCGUGCACGCCGGGGCAGACACCGUGCUCUGCGGGGACCGAGUCAAGCUGUCCUGCAUGUUGCAUGUGCUGCAGCUGGGCUUCCUCUGCAGGCACAUCUCCGCCAUUCGACAAGGCUUCAGGGUUUGGUGGCGGAAACAGGAAGGGUCAGAGUACGCCGUUUACCUGACACAUGACCUCAGCAUGCUGCGGCUCAUCGAGACCUUCUGUGAGAGCGCUCCUCAGCUCACCCUCAUGAUCUACGUCAUGUUGCGCACCAACAACGCCAGGACCGUACAGUUUGUGAGCAUCGCUGCAUCAACCACUUCUAUUGUGUGGAUGGUGGUGGACUACCACCGCUCCCUGCGCUCCUUCCUCCCAGAUAAGGCCAAGCAGGGCUGGGGUUCCUCCUUGGUCUACUUCCUGUGGAACUUGCUGCUUAUCGCCCCGCGUGUGGCUGCCAUCGCCCUCUUCUCCUCUGUCCUGCCCGGGUACAUCGCUGCCCACUUCCUAAUGAUGUGGGUUGUCUUUGUUUUAUGGGCCUGGCGACAGAGGACUGACUUCAUGGACAGUGCUGGUGGGGAGUGGCUCUACCGGGCCACCGUAGGGCUGAUUUGGUACUUCAGCUGGUUUAAUGUAGCGGAGGGUCGGACCCGUGGCAGGAGCAUCAUCUACCAUUCCUUCAUGGCCAUAGACGGAGGAAUCCUGCUGACCACUUGGUGGUGUUACAGGGACCCUGUUCUGAGUCAGUCGUACGCCCUCCCUCUGCUCAUCACACUGCCUCUUAGCUACCUCCUGGGCCUGCUCUUCAAGGCCCUCUACUACUGCUGCUUCCACCCCAAACUCUGGAGACCCCUGGCGAGGGAUCCAGGACUGCCUCAUGAUUUGCCGGAUGCAGAAGUGUCUUUCAGAGUCUUUUCCAUCCAGGACAACACAAUGUCCUCCCAGCACCUCAACAGAAGGAUGGCCUGCCAUGCUUCUAAUUUUUUUAACUCAGAUCAAGGAGUCGAUAGAAACACUGAUAGCACAAAGAAUGCCGAGUCAUCACGUGUGUGAUGUCUGACUUUGUGUGUGUUACUGCCAAUAAUGUACUUCUUAUAACUGUAAUUGAAUGCAACAGUCUAUCUCUACACCGUCUCCUUCCUCUUUGAUCUCCAGAUGAUUUCAUCAGAUGCUCACUAUAGUUUGAGUCAGAAUACUGGCUCUAAAAAAGUACUUGAAAGUAGGAGUGGGAAAUAUGAAUGAAAUCCUAUUUGAAUUCUUUGUAUUUUAUAUAUUGCCAUAUCAGCAUACUUAUACUGGGAUACGUCACAUUACUGGACAAUCAAUUGAAAGACUGUUAAAGUAAAUUAAAAUAAGAUAACCAGACAGGAAUGUCUGUUUAUGACUAAAAAAGCUAAUUGAAUACCUGAUUAAUCCAGGUAUGUAAUCACAUUGAUGCCAAAUUUCUAUCAAAUUUCAAUAUUUCCAUAAAGCCUGUCCUGCAUUGAUUUGCAUCAUUGCCACAUACAUAUUAAAGGGUGUUUAUAGUCUCAUAUCUCUCACCUCUACAGUAUGAUGAUUUAAUGUACUCAUUUAUAAAGUUAUAACGUUAAUAUUAAUGUGUAUUUGAUACAUUUUCUACAAAGCAAAUUUCAUAUCUUUUCAUAUGAAGUGAAUUUUUACAUGUGAAAUAACUAAACUUUUCAUAUAUUCAGUGUGACCAAGGGUAUGUUGUUGCUUUUUGUUUGUAUAUGUAAAUACGUUUUUGAAACAAUAAAAUCUAAAACUAAACACAUUUAAUAAUAAAUAGAAUAAAUACUCAAAUGGUAAUAAAAUAUGAUUUGCUACAUUAUCUGUUCAAGUUUGAAUUUUGGGUUUUGUAAGCCUGACAGUCCUGUUCAUUCUCUAUGUAGUUGAUUCAAAAUGUGUGAAACUUUUACAUGACGAGAAGCCGUAUCCAAAUGUGUUUUUUAGGGUCAUGUAACAGCUGCUACCACUGAAACCCUGCUGAGGGACUUUGAAUGUUGAUUUCUACCUUUUUUAAGCUUUUCUUUUCAUAUACUGUAUAUUUUCUAUGUCCAGCUAUUUGAGACCACAUGAAAUGGUUAUUUGUUUGAUGAGAUGAUAUUUAUGGUGUAAAACCAGUUCCAAGUCCAGUGGUAAACCUACAUACAUGUCUGGCACAAAUCCUGAUGUUAAUCCUGCUCACUCGUCCAGUGUUUGUUUAUAUGGUUAAAACGCCAAACGUCUCUGUUUACUUUAGUAUCAGUUUAGACUUUAGUCAGCAUUAUUCUAGAAAGAAACAGUUUUAUUUAAAUCUCUUGUGGUAUCGUAAAAAAAUAUUCAAGUUUCACAUUCACUACUGGUUGUUAAUCUUUUACCUCAUUUACAUUGUGCAAUUAUUA